AAAAAAAUAUUCUGGACGCCAUUAUUGUCUCCAAGUUGCAGACAAAAAUUCGAAAGAGAAAAAAAAAUCUGGACGCCAUUCUCUCCAAGUUGCAGACCUGCAGAAGUACAAACCCACUCUUUCUUUCAUUUCACCCCAAAAGUUUUCCCUUUCACCAAAGAGCUACUCCCUCCCUCCAUAACUUCCGCCUGCCGUCCACCCCGCAGCAGCAGCAGCCGCCCACCAGCGACACCAUCACCGGCAGAUGAGAGUGACGCCCGCCAUCUACACCACCAACAGCCCAGCACCACCGUACUGAACGGUCCGAACGCCACCACCCACGACCCACCAUUUAGAGGGCAGGAUCUCAAAGAUAUUGUUUGGCAUUGGCAAGAAGAAAGAAUACGAAAGAACAAAUCAUGGCAAAAACGAGUAGUAGCAAUCAAACAUCCAUCACUAUUAGAGAUAUUGUAACAGAAGUGACAUCUUCGAUUCAAGGAAAGCUUUGCCAAAAAUCUCCAAUACCAUCUAAAAGUUCCAUAUUUAGAGUCCCGGAUAGACAACGCAGGCAUAGUGAAAAGGCUUUCGAGCCAGAGUUGGUUUCAAUUGGCCCAUUUCACUACGGGAAGGAGAAGCUGCAAGCAAUGGAAAAAAUUAAGUUAUGGUAUUUGCAUUGCCUCCUCGAUCGAGCACCAACUACGAGAACUACUUUGAAGUGCUUUGUAGAAGCUAUCGGAAGAAUUGAGCAAGAGUGUCGUGCAUGUUAUGCGGAAGAAAUUCUUGUUCCUGAAAAAGAUUUCAUAGAGAUGCUUGUGGUUGAUGGUUGUUUUAUCCUUGAAUUAUUCCGCAAAGGUUCGGGGGAGGUGCAACCAGACAUUGAAGAUCCGGUGUUCUAUAUGCCAUGGAUGUAUUGGAGAUUAGCAGAUGACCUGAAGCUACUUGAGAAUCAGCUUCCUUGGCGCGUGCUUGAUUGCUUGUUCUACCUAACCAAAUCACAUGCUGAAGAGACAUCCCUACCUAAUCUUGUCCUUUCGUUUUAUGAAAAUAUGUGGCCCACUCGUGAUAACCUCAAACACGAUCAUAUACUUGAUUGCCUACGAAACUCCGCAAUUGGAACAUCCACAAUAACACCGGCCCCUAAAACUUCGCCAAGAAACCUCAUCACGUCUAUGGAGCAGAUUCCAUCUAUGAUAGAACUUGUGCAAGCUGGAGUUCAAUUCAAAGCUGGAGACAGAAGUAACAGCCUUCUUGAUGUAACUUUCAAAGAUGGAGUGAUGACAAUCCCACCGUUAAAGGUUUGGGAGGAUGCAAGAUCUGUAUACAGAAAUUUAAUUGCAUUUGAACAAUGUGAUCCAAGCAAAGACUUUGAAGUCACCUCUUAUGCUAAGCUCUUUGCUGACCUUAUUAACAAUGACCAAGAUGUAGAUUUUCUAAAAGACAGAGGAAUUCUAAGACUCUAUUUGGGCACUGAGGACGUAGCAAGUAUCUUCAACAGGCUUUAUUGUGAUGCUUCAGUUGGUGCUUUCCUUUACUCAGACCUCUACCGUGAAGUGAAUGCAUAUUGUAAGCGCCCUUGCAAUAGAUGGCAAGCAACGUUGAAGCGUGACUAUUUUGGCAACCCAUGGGCGAUCAUAUCGCUCAUGGCUGCAUUCUUGAUUCUAGUUUUCACUUUUUCACAAACCCUUUAUUCUGUCCUUUCUUACUAUAAACGCCCCUCUAAUAUCAGUUAAGAAAUUGUAAGCUAAUCUCAAUGUGUGUUUCUCUCAAUAAUAAGUCAGAUUAAUUAUGGAUCCUAUUGAUUUUAGAUGUUCUUAUUGCAAACUCCAAGUACUAUAUAUAUUUGUAAAUGUAAGAAUAAUGGAUCUUGAUAAAUAUCACGACUGUGUCAACCUA